AUGUCCUCAACAUUACCUGCAUUUACUGAUUUAAAUGCUACUUGGACUUUUAUUCAACCAGGUUUAGAAUUCAUAUUAGGGGCACAAAAUGAUCAAGGAGUAACGUCGACUAUGUACAUGAAUUGUUAUACAGCAGUUUAUAAUUAUUGUGUGAAUAAAUCAAGACGUGGUUCAACUCCUCAAUCUAUUUCAAAUAAUACUGAAAAUAAUUCUUAUUCGUUAGCAGGAGCAGAAAUUUAUUCAAAGUUAGAAUUAUAUUUAAUUCAAUUUAUUAAAAAUUUAAAAAAACAACCAAAUGAAUCAUUUUUAGAAUUUUAUGUUAGAAAAUGGACCAGAUUUACAAUAGGAGCAGUUUAUAUGAAUAAUGUUUUUGAUUAUAUGAAUAGAUAUUGGGUACAGAAGGAAAGAUCAGAUGGUAGAAAAGAUGUGUUUGAUGUUAAUACUUUAUCGUUAAUUAAAUGGAGAAAUGAAAUGUUUCAACCAAAUAAUGAAAUAUUAAUUAAUCAAAUUUUAGAAUUAAUUGAAAAACAAAGAAAUCAUUUAAUAGUUGAUACAAAUUUAAUCUCAACUGCUAUAAAAUCAUUAGUAUUUUUAAGUAUUGAUAUACAAGAUUUGAAAAAACCAAAUUUAAUCAUAUAUGUAAAUUCAUUUGAAAAACCAUUUCUUGAUUCAACUAUGGCAUAUUAUUUAAAAGAAAGUUCAGAAUAUUUAGCAAAUCAUAAUGUAGUUGAUUAUAUGAAAAAAUGUGAAACAAGAAUUGCUGAAGAAAUUUCAAGAUCAAAUACUUUUUUAGAAGAUCAUUCCAAAAAGGCUUUUAUUAAUAUUUUAAAUAAAUCAAUGAUUGAAAAUCAUGCUUAUGAAAUGUAUGAUCAAUUUUUGAUACUAUUACAACAAAAUCAAAUUGACCAUAUCCAAAGAAUGUAUAAAUUAUUAUCAAGAGUUCCAAAAACUUUAGAUCCUUUGGCAAAUGCUUUGGAAGAAUAUAUUAAAAGAGAAGCAAAUUCGGUAAUAGAAGAAAUUCAAAAACAAUCAGAACAAGAUAUAAAAGAUGGUAAAAAGAAAACAAUUGAACCAAAGAUCUAUAUUAAUAAAUUGAUUUCAAUUUAUAAUCAAUUUAAUGAUGUUGUUAUAAAAGCAUUUAAUAAAGAUACAAAGUUCAUUAGAUCCUUAGAUAAUGCAUGUCGUUAUUUUGUAAAUAACAAUUGUAUUGCAAUUCCAAAACCAAGAUCAUCAUGCAAAACUCCUGAAUUGUUAGCAAGAUAUGCAGAUGGAUUUUUAAAAUCAACUUCAAAAGAUUCAGAUAUAAUUGAUAUGAAUUCUGAUAAUUUAAUGAUUAUAUUCAAAUUUAUAAAUGAUAAAGAUACAUUUGAAGAAAAUUAUAGAAGAUUAUUAGCAAAAAGAUUAAUUCAUGGAAAUUUUAAAUCUGAAGAAUUAGAAGAAAGUGUCAUACAUAAAUUACAAGAAGAAAAUUCCAUUGAAUAUACUUCUAAAAUGACAAAAAUGUUUUCUGAUAUGAAAGCGUCAGAAGAUUUAAAAUUGAAAGUAAAAUCAAAAUUAGGUGACGAUGUAACAGUUAAAGAAUUUACACCCAUGAUUUUAGCACAAGCAAGUUGGCCAUUUACUUAUAACAAGCUUUAUAAUUUAAAUAUUCCAAAUGAAUUAUCAGAUACAAUAACAAAAUUAAAAGAAGUUUAUUCUGCACAACAUCAUGGUAGACAAUUAAAAUUUUUGUUUAAUCAUGGUAGAGCAGAAAUUAAAGCAAAUUUAUCUAAAAAAGGUAAACCAGCUUUUAUCUUUCAAGUAACAAAUAUUCAAUUAAUGAUUUUAUUAGCAUUCAAUUCCAAAGAUUCAUAUACAAUCGAUGAACUUCAUGAAAUUGUUGGAUGUGAAAAAUCAAUAUUCCAAUCUCAUCUUUCAGCAUUAAUUAAAUAUAAACUAAUAAUAGAAGAAAAUAAUUUAUUGACAAUAGUAGAAGAAUACAAAUCCAAAAAAUUAAAAGUUAAUUUUAUAUCAGCUGUUAAAACAACAACAAAUCAACAAAUUGAAGAAGAAGAUGAAGUUAAAAAUGAAAUUAAUGAAAGUAGAAAACAAUUUUUACAAGCUGCAAUUGUUAGAAUUAUGAAAUCAAGAAAAACUAUAACUAAUACAAAUUUAUUAAAUGAAGUAUUAUUACAAUGUGUUAAUUUUGAAGCUAAAAUUAUUGAUAUUAAAAAAGUUAUUGAUGAUUUAAUUGAAAAAGAAUAUUUGAAAAGAGAUGGUUCUAAUUAUGAAUAUAUAGCUUAG